AUGAGCGUCGCGCUGCAGGAGCUGGGCAGCGGCGGCAACAUGGUGGAGUACAAACGGGCCACGCUUCGGGACGAAGACGCACCCGAGACCCCCGUAGAGGGCGGGGCCUCCCAGGACGCAGUGGAGGUGGGCAAGGGGGUUCCCCCUUUCUCACCAGGCCCAAGCUCUGGCAUGACGCCUGGCACACCCAGGAGCUCUGGGCUGUUCUGGAGGGUCACCUGCCCCCACCUCCCUUACAUCUCUGGCCUCUGCGCUGGGACUAUGGUGGGAUUCCGGAAGAGGACAAGACAACUCUUAGGCUCACACACACUGCUGGAACUGGUCUUGGCAAGUGUCUCUCUACUGCUGGCUGCACUGCUUCUGGGCUGCCUUGUGGCCCUGGGGGUCCAGUACCACAGAGACCCAUCCCACAGCACCUGCCUCACAGAGGCCUGCAUUCGAGUGGCUGGAAAAAUCCUGGAGUCCCUGGACCGGGAGGUGAGCCCCUGUGAGGACUUUUACCAGUUCUCCUGUGGAGGCUGGAUUCGGAGGAACCCCCUGCCGGAUGGGCGUUCUCGCUGGAACACCUUUAACAGCCUCUGGGACCAGAACCAGGCCAUACUGAAACUCCUGCUUGAAAACACUACCUUCAACUCCAGCAGCGAAGCUGAGCGGAAGACGCAGCGCUUCUACCUGUCUUGCUUACAGGUGGAGCACAUUGAGGAGUUGGGAGCCCAGCCACUGCGAGAUCUCAUUGACAAGAUCGGUGGUUGGAACAUUACGGGGCCCUGGGACCAGGACAACUUCAUGGAGGUGCUGAAGGCAGUAGCAGGGACCUACAGGGCCACCCCGUUCUUCACCGUCUAUAUCAGUGCCGACUCGAAGAGUUCCAACAGCAAUGUUAUCCAGGUAGACCAGUCUGGGCUCUUUCUGCCCUCUCGAGAUUAUUACUUAAACAGAACUGCCAAUGAGAAAGUGCUCACUGCCUACCUGGAUUACAUGGAAGAGCUGGGGAUGCUGUUAGGUGGACAGCCAACCUCCUCACGGGAGCAGAUGCAGCAGGUGCUGGAGCUGGAGAUACAACUGGCCAACAUCACAGUGCCCCAGGACCAGCGGCGCGAUGAGGAGAAGAUCUAUCACAAGAUGAGCAUCUCGGAGCUGCAGACUUUGGCGCCCUCCAUCGACUGGCUUGAGUUCCUGUCUUUCUUGCUGUCACCACUGGAGUUGAGUGACUCUGAGCCUGUGGUGGUUUAUGGGAUGGAUUAUUUGCAGCAGGUGUCAGAGCUUAUCAACCGCACGGAACCAAGCAUCCUGAACAAUUACCUGAUCUGGAACCUUGUGCAGAAGACAACCUCAAGCCUGGACCGACGCUUUGAGUCUGCACAAGAGAAGCUGCUGGAAACCCUUUAUGGCACCAAGAAGUCCUGUAUGCCGAGGUGGCAGACCUGCAUCUCCAGCACAGAUGACGCCCUUGGCUUCGCUCUGGGCUCCCUCUUUGUGAAGGCCACCUUUGACCGGCAAAGCAAGGAAAUCGCAGAGGGGAUGAUCAGCGAAAUCCGGACUGCCUUCGAGGAGGCCCUGGGACAGCUGGUUUGGAUGGAUGAGAAGACGCGCCAGGCAGCCAAGGAGAAAGCAGACGCUAUCUAUGAUAUGAUUGGUUUCCCGGAUUUCAUCCUGGAGCCCAAAGAGCUGGAUGAUGUUUAUGAUGGGUAUGAAGUCUCUGAAGAUUCUUUUUUCCAAAACAUGUUGAAUUUGUACAACUUCUCUGCUAAGGUGAUGGCUGACCAGCUCCGUAAGCCUCCCAGCCGAGACCAGUGGAGCAUGACCCCCCAGACAGUGAAUGCCUACUACCUUCCAACCAAGAAUGAAAUCGUCUUCCCUGCUGGCAUCCUGCAGGCCCCCUUCUAUGCCUGCAACCAUCCAAAGGCCCUGAACUUUGGUGGCAUCGGCGUGGUAAUGGGCCAUGAGUUGACACAUGCCUUUGAUGACCAAGGGCGCGAGUAUGACAAGGAGGGGAACCUGCGGCCCUGGUGGCAGAACGAGUCGCUGGCGGCCUUCCAGAACCACACAGCCUGCAUGGAGGAGCAGUACAACCAGUACCAGGUCAAUGGGGAGAGGCUCAACGGCCGCCAGACGCUGGGGGAGAACAUCGCCGACAAUGGGGGACUCAAGGCUGCCUACAAUGCAUAUGAAACAUGGCUGAGAAAGCAUGGGGAGGAGCAGCAGCUGCCAGCCGUUGGGCUCACCAACCACCAGCUCUUCUUUGUGGGAUUUGCCCAGGUGUGGUGCUCGGUCCGCACACCAGAGAGCUCUCACGAGGGGCUGGUGACCGAUCCCCACAGCCCUGCCCGCUUCCGCGUGCUGGGCACUCUCUCCAACUCCCGUGACUUUCUGCGGCACUUCGGCUGCCCUGUUGGUUCCCCCAUGAACCCAGGGCAGCUGUGUGAGGUGUGGUAG